GAUGUGUUUGUUGACUACUAGUAUGGCGGGAAAGGAGCGGAGCCACGUGCACUUGUGCCUCACCGACUACAGGGACGGCACCUACACCUACACGGUGCACCACAUCGACGUCGCCCCCUUCUUCCUCCGCUCCGACGACCCCGACGUCCCGGACCCGGGAGCCAUGGAGGAGGCUGUCCUGCCCCCACCCGCCACGCGCCUCGCCACGCGCCCGGAGACCAACGGCCUCGAGUUCCACCACCUCCUCCGCGCCGCCGACGGAGGCGACAUGAUCGUGGCCACCGACGACCAGCGCCGCACCCUCAUCUACGACGUCGCCGCCCGCGCCGUCGGCCCGGGGCACAUGCUGCUCUCCGACAAGCGCGUCCCGGUCUCCGCCGCCGUCGCCGACCGCCUCUACGUCCUCGACACCUCGCACGCCGCCCGGCGCGCCACCUGCUUCGAGGCCCUCGUGUACGACGGCGUCGAGGACCCGCUGCGCGCCGACUGGUACUGGCGCCGCCUCCCGGGCCCUCCCUACGCCGACGACGGCAUCGGCCGCCCUCUCCCCGGCUCCCGUGUCACCGCCCUCGCGGUGGUCGGCGCAGGCAUCUGGACCACGACGGCGCCGGCGGAGGACGGCGUCGCCUCCGUCCGCCCCUGCUCCCGGCUCGACCCCAGGCGCGGCGUCUGGACGACGCCCAAGGGCGCCGGCGCCGGCCCCGGCACCUACUCGUUCGACACCGAGCGGCAAGCCUGGAGGAGAGAGGGCGACUGGGAGCUGCCGUUCGCCGGCAAGGCCGAGCUCGUCCCGGGCUGCAACCUGUGGUUCGGCUUCUCCCGCGCCGACGGGUCGUCGUCGCUCUGCGCCGCCGACCUCGCCGCGGCGCCGCACAGGGCGUGCGGUGUGUGGGAGGACUUCCGCCCGCCCAAGGAGUGGUUCAGCUGCGGCCGCCACCUCGUCAGCCUCGGCUCCGGCAAGCUCUGCGUCGUCAGGUUCUUCGCCACCGACCCCCUCGACAAAUGGAGGCGUAGGGACCCUGUCGCCAUCAUCACCGCCAUGGAGGUGCGGACUAUGCCUGCUUGCGACGGCGACGACGACGGCGGAAGAGGAGGAGAACGGCGGAUCAAGGUGGUGAAGCACAUGUCUAGGUGUAUCAAGCUCCCAAAUUACAAUAAAGGCAGAAAUUGGGUUCUCUAAUACUCGUUAAAUUUCACUCUAAAAUGCACAAGUAUGAUUUCUUUAAUUAAUUUAUAGAUCUAAAAGAUGUAUGUAUCUACAUAAAAUUCAAUGCAACUCCAACAUUUCCUUCC